GCUGCGCAAAUAUGCUUGGUAAAAAACGCAGCCAUUUCUCUUCAUCUUGUUGUAAAGCCACAGGUCCGAGAAUGCAAAUACUGCAAUAGUGACUGAUGUUGGGGUUUGUUGGCGAAUUUCUUUAUAUCUAAUUGAAAGACUAAAACUUUUUCCUUCUCAUAAGCAUUGAGUGAAACAGCCACAUAGGCAGCCUAUUUAGACGUGGUCGAUCGAUUCCAUAGCCAAGAAAGUGCGCUUGGUAAACGCGGUAAUGUCAUUGAAUAUCACUGUGAAAAGUGAAGACUCUGAGACCUUUGACGAAAAAGACGAAUCAUAUUCGCUGCUUUCAGGCAAACGAGGCUCAGAGUCUGCAGCUCGUCAUGAUAUUUCUCCGGGAGAAGGCGGUCCAAUAGAAGACCAUGCUGGGUAUUCAACACAGCAUGGGCGGCUAGCAACUAAAACGACUAGCAAACCCAUCGUACAGUAUCCUGUGAGUGCUGACCGUUUCUUUACCUCUACUUCCGCCGAUGGCAAAACCAUCUUAAAGAUUGCUCCAGCCCCAGUCAUGACCCGCCCGAAUCCUCGGCCUCCUCCCCAGGUGUCACCAGAGUUCUCCUACCAGGCUAUCGUGUACCUGAUCGAAGCAGUGGGGCGCCGCUGGAGCCUGUAUGGGACGCGGGAGCGCUCGCAGCUCUUCCAGAGCGUGCAGAAGGAGCUGGAGGAGCAGGGUCACUGUCUGCCUUUUGAGAAGAUCCGCCGCAAGUGGAACAACUUGAUCGUCACCUAUAAGAGGGUCAAAUACAGAGGCAGGGAGACCGGCCAGGCCAGAACCUCCUGGGAGUACUUUGAGAUGAUGGAUGCCAUGCUUGGUGACACCAUCGGCGCCGAGACCACUAGCAGCCCUACCCUAGUAACCAGCAACCCUAAGGUGUACGUCGCCACGGAAACCGCCAAAGCAGAGCAGAAGCCCCUCCUUCCCCAUGGCAAUCUCAUCACUGCCUGCACUCGGACGCUCACCCUUGUCCCCUCCUCCCUCCCACUCCACACGCCAGUUCCCUCCACUCUCCCUCUCUACACCUUUGUCAGAUCCCUCCCUCCCCCCACCCCUCCUCCUGCCUCCUGUCACAUCCCCUCCAACCUCAGCCGCGUGCACCUUCGCAGAAAGAAGCGCCGUCUCUUCUCCUCCUCCUCCAAGGGCUCCUCCAUUACCUCCCUCCUGGCCCAGCAGCAGAAGCGAGCGGAAGAAGGCACCUCCCUGCUGCAGGAGUUCCUGAGGAGGCAGGAGGGGCAGGCCAAGGAGGAGCAGGUGCAUCACAGCAGGGCGGAGGCCCGAGGGAGGAGGCGCGAGAGGAGGGAGGCGCGCAUGGCAGAGUCCCUGGGUAGGAUGGCCACGGCCCUGGAGCUGCUCUCCUCCAAACAGGACACAGUCAUCGCCCUGCUGCAGAGAUUGGCCGAGAGAGACAGGAAGUGA